UGCUGUGGAAAACACAACGGAACCUUCCUGGAACGGUCGCUCCGCGGCCCGGGCGGCGGCCGGGACGGUUUGGCGGAGCACCGAGGCGGAAGAGGGCGGGCGCCAACGUGUCGGGGACUGCAGGGCCUGGCUGCUGGCGGGGGUGCGCGCUCCGGGUCCUGCGGCUCUACUCAGCCUUCCUCGGUUGUCCUUAGUCUCUUUCGGCCCUUCUCACCCCCCUCAGUGUCCCUCGGCUCCUCUCAGACCCCUCUCACCCCCAUCUUCUUCCUGCAGUCCCCCUCGUCACCCCUGAACCCUCUCUUUUCCCCUGGGCUCCCCUGAUAUUCCCUCAGCGCCCCGCAUCUCCCCUGGUCUCCCCUCAGCCCCCGCGGAGAUGGAUGACGAACCCGAGCGGACCAAGCGCUGGGAAGGAGGCUACGAAAGAACAUGGGAGAUUCUUAAGGAAGACGAAUCCGGGUCGUUGAAGGCAACCAUCGAGGACAUUCUCUUCAAGGCAAAGAGGAAAAGACUCUGUGAACACCAUGGACAAGUUCGGCUUGGAAUGAUGCGUCACCUUUACGUGGUUAUUGAUGGAUCAAGAACAAUGGAGGACCAAGACUUAAAACCGAACAGACUUACUUGCACUCUGAAGUUACUGGAAUAUUUUGUUGAAGAGUACUUUGACCAGAAUCCUAUUAGUCAGAUUGGCUUAAUUGUAACUAAGAGUAAAAGAGCAGAAAAAAUGACAGAACUCUCAGGAAACUCAAAAAAGCAUGUAACUGCUCUGAAGAAAGCAGUGGAUAUGAACUGCAGUGGAGAGCCUUCUCUAUAUAAUUCCCUAAAUUUGGCCAUGCAGACUUUAAAGCACAUGCCAGGACAUACAAGCAGAGAGAUUUUGGUAGUCCUCAGCAGUCUGACGACAUGUGAUCCAGCCAACAUCUAUGAUCUAAUUAAGUGUUUAAAAGCAGUAAAGAUCAGAGUAUCUGUCAUCGGCCUAAGUGCUGAAGUUCGUGUUUGUACAGUACUUGCCCAAGAAACUGGUGGAACAUACCACGUUAUUUUGGAUGAAAGUCAUUAUAAGGAGCUGCUGAUGCACCAUGUUAGUCCUCCACCUGCUAGUUCAACUUCGGAGUGCUCCCUUAUUCGAAUGGGAUUUCCUCAGCAUACUAUUGCUUCUCUAUCUGAUCAAGAUGCAAAACCCUCCUUUAGCAUGGCGCAAUUGGAAAAUAACAGUGACCCAGGUCUUACACUGGGUGGAUAUUUUUGUCCUCAGUGCAGAGCCAAAUACUGUGAGCUUCCUGUGGAAUGCAAAAUCUGUGGUCUUACUUUAGUGUCUGCACCUCACCUGGCUCGGUCUUACCACCACUUGUUUCCUUUAGAUGCCUUUCAGGAAGUUCCACUGGAAGAAUACAAAGGGGAACGGUAUUGUCAAGGCUGCCAGGGAGAGAUGAAAGAUCAAAAUGUGUACAUAUGCAAAGUGUGUCAGAACGCAUUUUGUGUGGAAUGCGAUCUGUUUGUUCAUGAUUCUCUGCACUGCUGUCCUGGCUGUAUUCAUAAGCACCCUGCUCCUGUAUCUGUAUGAUCUCAUACCUUUUUAAAAAUUGCUGUAUCUUUGUCAUUCUUGCAUGAAUCUAAUUAGUUUAUUCAGCCAUCACUUUAACUGAUGCAUCUCUGAACAAGAAGAUGAUUACAGAGGGAUGAACAGUGAAGUAGGAGCAAAUGUUAAUGUUUUUAUUUUAUUACUUUUAAUAUAUACUUGAAUUAUCUGUAUCUAUUUUUUGUUCUUGUCUCAAGAACUAUGGCUUUUUCCAGCUGUUAUUAUAAUAACGUGUAUUUGUAAAUAUGAAAGUGAUAAAACUGCUUUUUAUGAUAAUGGGAUGAUUCAUCUUGGUUUCAUUACUUGUUCAAAAAAAAGCCCUGAAAAUACAUUUUAUAUAUCUGUUGUUACAAGCUUUUGCUUUUGUUGGAUUGUGGAUUGCUGUAGAUCAGUCUUGGUUUGAAAAGAUAGGUGUCUGGUAAGGAAGGCAGGAGCCUCUCUUGAAAUGGAAAAUGUAAACCCCUCCCUCUGAAUUAUUAUAAUUUUGAAAUUAAGGGGCUCUCAGGCAAAGAUAUGAGAGUAGGAAUAACAGUUCUUUAUUAGGAAAAAUAAAAAUUAAAAAAGCAGUGAUACAAAAGUCUCUGACAGAGUCAGAAUACAGCCUGACACCUUGCUGGUCGGCAAUUGCUGGUAGCAGUCCAAUUGAAUGGUGGCUGCAGUCCUCCUGGAGUGUCAGGUGUAGUUCUGUUGAAGCAGUGAUCCUGUAGAAGGGUGUAGUUUUCCUCUGAAGGUCCAGUGGUUGUGUAGGGUCUGGUCUUUCUCUGGGAAUCCAGUGGGAAAAGGCUGCCUGUGGUGUUCUAGGUUUCAGACUAUAUCCAGGUAGCAAUGCUUGGCUCCUCCCCCUGGGCGAAGCAUCUCACAAUGGGGUGAUGUCAUUUUAUCAGUCAUGCAGUGACACUCAAGGGCCAUUAACAGUAGAUGUCUUCCCAGAGGGAGGGUUGGUUGUGGGAGAGAUAAAGAAAACUGCCCAAUUAACAGACGAUAACUGCCCCACCUCUAAAAGAUGGCAAUAGAAUACACCCCCCCAGCCACAUCUUGCAUUUGCAACCUAAGACAAGAUCAAAAUACUCUUUUGCCAGAAUUUAACAAAGAUGUUUUUGAGCAAUUAAUUGGUGGACAUUUCAUGUAUUAUUUUCAAGUAUUAUGAGUAUUCACCUUGGCGUUUGGUAAGGCAGCUCAAAUACAGCUGUUAUAAAUGUGCUGAAAACAAAUUUUAGGUUUUAAUGGUGCAACUCAAAGCUAACUAUAAAUUUUUUAUACUCCUGUGUCUGGGUUAAGUUUCAAUUUUUUUGUAGGAGGGUAAGAUUGCUGAAAGGCAGUGAACUUGCAAAAGGGCAAUACCUGAGUUAAUACAAGCUAUUGUUUGGUGGACUCAGUAUUGAAGACAAAAAGAGAUGAUGUUUGGUUCUGAAGCUAUGCUGAAUUGACAGAACUGCAUGUCAUCUUCUGUCCUUGGCUAAACCCCUAGAGCAACAGACAAGUGAGUGCAGGAGGGGAGGUGUCCAUCUUUCUCCGAACUUUACCUGAAGAACAGGAAUUGGCACAAAUGCAAGACUGCCAUUUUGCAGUGUCUGUUCAAAGUAUGUUUGCAGCUUGAACCUAUGAGAAUUGUAAUGUGCUACACCUCAAUAAAAGGAAGUUACAGAUA